UGCCCAAACCUGACGUAACAUUCGCCUGCAUUCGCGUGGUAAUUUCAGUUUUUAGCUCCCAUAAGUACCCUCCCCCACAAAAUGAUUCGGCUAAAUGGACUGUUGAGGAGUUCAUCCAAGAUAUUGAGCAGCCAGGUGCGAUUGCUUCAUGUGGGGGAGGCCAAUAUUCUGCCCACCGAGGUGGAUAAGCAGUCUGCCGAGUACAAGGAAAAUGCCAGUGAGAUGGGCAGGUUGGUUGGAGAACUGCGGAACUUCACCAACCAGGUGCUCAAGGGCGGCGGGCAGAAAGCCAUCGAGCGCCACACCUCGCGCGGCAAACUCUUGGCCAGAGAGCGCAUCAAUCUGCUCUUGGACAAGGGAUCACCGUUUCUGGAACUGAGUGCUCUGGCCGGACAUGAGUUGUACGGCGAGGAGGUAGUCAACUCCGGAGGAAUCGUGACCGGAGUGGGACGCGUAUGUGGUACUGAGUGCUUGGUGGUGGCUAACGACGCUACGGUAAAAGGUGGCAGCUACUAUCCUAUUACCGUAAAAAAGCAUCUACGCGCCCAGGAAAUCGCACAAGAAAACCGCCUGCCCUGCAUCUACCUCGUAGACUCGGGUGGCGCCAACUUGCCACGACAGGCUGAAGUCUUUCCCGACAAACUACACUUUGGGCGGAUCUUCUACAACCAGGCCAACAUGUCGGCCCAGGGCAUUCCCCAGAUCGCCGUGGUUAUGGGCAGCUGCACCGCCGGAGGAGCCUACGUUCCGGCCAUGGCCGAUGAGAGUAUCAUUGUGAAAAAGCAGGGAACCAUUUUCUUAGCUGGCCCGCCACUGGUGAAGGCAGCCACUGGAGAGGAGGUAUCUGCAGAAGAUCUUGGAGGAGCAGACCUUCACUGCAAGACAUCGGGUGUCACCGACCACUUUGCCGUGGAUGAUGAGCACGCCUUGUAUCUAGCUCGGCAGAUUGUGAGCAACCUGAACCUGCCAGCCACUAAUUCUUACAACGAUCAGCUGUUGCACUCCAGCCAAGCAAACUUCAGGGAUACUAUUCCCAAAUCUCCAAUUGAGGAGCCACGUUACGAUCCUCGCGAGCUUUACGGAAUUGUGGGUCCCAAUCUUACUAAGAGUUUCGACGUUCGAGAGGUCAUUGCCCGCAUUGUUGACGGAAGUCGCUUCACGGAGUUUAAGAAGCUAUAUGGCGAGACCUUGGUGUGUGGAUUUGCAAAGCUUUAUGGGCACACGGUGGGAAUAGUCGGAAACAAUGGAGUCCUUUUCUCGGAGAGUGCCCUCAAGGGUGCCCACUUUAUUCAGUUGUGUGCGCAACGUAAGAUUCCUCUGAUCUUUCUGCAAAACAUAACUGGUUUCAUGGUGGGACGUGAUGCUGAGGCCAAUGGCAUUGCCAAGAACGGUGCCAAGAUGGUAACGGCCGUUGCCUGCGCCAAUGUGCCCAAGCUGACAGUGAUAAUCGGUGGAUCCUACGGUGCAGGAAACUAUGGUAUGUGCGGACGGGCUUACUCACCUCGAUUCCUUUACAUGUGGCCGAACUCGCGCAUUUCUGUGAUGGGCGGCACUCAGGCAGCCAAUGUCAUGGCUCAGAUCACGCAGGACCAGCGCAAACGAGCUGGUAAAGAGUUCAGCGAGGAGGAGGCCCAAAAGCUGAAAGCUCCCAUUGUCGAAAUGUUUGAGGCGGAGGGCUCUCCUUACUACAGCACAGCACGCCUAUGGGACGACGGCAUCAUCGAUCCGGCCAACACGCGACAAGUUCUUGGCCUCAGCCUGAAAGCAGCCGUCAAUAACGCCGGCCAGGAAACUAAAUUCGGAGUCUUCCGCAUGUAAAUCUAAUUUGCAUGCGUUUGAAAUGAACUCGUGAGCAUUUACAGGCAUUUAAUGCCAGCCUUUAUAUUGAAACUGUUGCAUUUAUUAGAGUUAAGUCAAUUGUUAACUGUUUAAUUUACUAUUGUGUGUCUAUUUAAAAAAGAAAAUAAGCCAAGGAUCGAGUAGUGACCAUUCAGGUGUUAAAACGUUUACAACUUUUUAUAUUUUUAAUACAAUAGAAUGAAUGUUUA